AUGGCGUUGAGCAUCCCGAAAAGCUUGGGUGAAGCUGGAAGGCGCAUGAAGCACAAUGUUUGCUACUACCACACCAGUUACGCCAUCCUCGUCUUCUUUAUCUUCUUCCUCAUCCUCUCUGGGAACGAAGAAAACCCAAUUGUACUCAUCUUCAUUCACUGCAUUGUGGAUGUCAUCGCGAUCUUGGCAGUUGUCCGGUUCCUCACCACUUGGGCUCUGCUGCUCCUUGACGCUGUCUGGUUGAAUUGCCUGGUUUCGAUCUUGAUUGGUUCUGCGCUUGCUGGAUUACACGCCCUAUUUUGGGAGACGGAGGAUGUGCAACGUUUGGAUCACGACGAUCAAGAAGCUGAUCAUCAAGAUCGCGAGCUGCUCGAGGAGGUCGUUGGGAAUCCCACCACUACUGCUACUGCUUCAGACGUCGCGGAUUGA